UUUAAAAUGAGAAAUUGUUCCAAAAUGCAAAAUGAGUGAAAAAAGAAAGCGGGAAAAUGAAGCUGAAAAGCCAAAAUGCAAAUAUGGUGAAAAAUGUUAUCGAAAAAAUCCUAUUCAUCUAGAGGCAUACUCUCAUCCGGGUAAAGUGUGACUGUGACCUUUGUUAGAGGGUGGGUGGGGAAGCCCUGCUCCCCUGGGGGUGCAUGGCAGCCACAGUACUAGUGAGGGCAGUUGCCUCUGCUAAGACUUUCCCGUUGACAGGAAUUCUUCUGAGAAGCCAUUAGGGCAAGCUGGCAGUGCCCUUUGAACAAGGGACAUUGCUUAUUCAAAGCCAUAUUUAUUCACAAGGCAUAUCAGAAACUGCUAGAAACACCUACAAUCUUGUGGUAUAUUUUAGGCUUUAGCCCUAAAUAUCAUCAAAGAAUAUUCAAGGUAUAAAGUGGUUUUCUUGGCAGAGUAUAGAUUAAUAAUAUGAACAAGCUUUUGUUGGUAGGGAUGCAACUACCUGAAAAAUAUAAGGACAAUUUUGAUAUUUUGAGCAAAGGCCCUUCGUCUGUAACUUAAAUGGUCCUGUCAUCAUAGCUGGUAGUUUGUAUAGUGUAGUUAGAGUUUCUGUUGAAACAUCACCAAUAUAUUUGUGUGGUGCAGAAAAUCCAGAACAAAGUCAAGAACGAAAAAGGACGAAAGUGGAUGAUGAAUCAAAAGAGGGAAGCUCAAGCCUUGAGGAUAAAUCAGAAAGAAUGAGAAAUUAUGUGCCAUUUUUGUUGACAAAAGUUAGAAAUAUCUCAGGAAGGUUUAAUGACAGUAAAAUAGCUGUUGGAUUAAGAGGUGGGUUAUAUAAUUAUGUGAUGAUGCUGGUGUUGAUGGUAUUGGUGAUGAUGGUGGUAUUGACGGUAAUGAUGGUAUGUUGGUGAUGAUGAUGGUAUGUUGGUGAUGAUGAUGGUAUGUUGGUAAUGUUGAUGGUAUAUGUUGGAGAUGAUGAUGGUAUGUUGGUGAUGAUGAUGGUAUGUUGGUGAUGAUGGUAUGUUGGUGAUGAUGAUGGUAUGUUGGUGAUGAUGUUAUGUUGGUGAUGAUGAUGGUAUGUUGGUGAUGAUGAUGUUAUGUUGGUGAUGAUGAUGGUAUGUUGGUGAUGAUGGUAUGUUGGUGAUGAUGAUGGUAUGUUGGUGAUGAUGAUGUUAUGUUGGUGAUGAUGAUGGUAUGUUGGUGAUGAUGGUAUGUUGGUAAUGAUGAUGGUAUGUUGGUAAUGAUGAUGGUGUUAGUGGUGAUAAUUAUGGUAGUGGUAAUGAUGGUAUUGACCAGUGAUGAUGGUGGUGUGGUGAUAUUGAUGGUAAUGUUGACAUAAAUUGAGGUGAAAAUCAAGGUGUGAACAUAUAUUUAUUUUAAAAAAUAGAUAUUUUAUCAUCAAAAAUGGGGGACUUGCAAGCAUCAGCACAGUUUAACUACAUGUUUGAUAUUCCUUGGUUAAUUGAACAUUAUCCAGCGGACAAGAGGUAGUUACGAAGAUUUUGUGACAAGUUUGAAUAAUGGAGAAAAAUGGUAAUGCUUUCUCUGAAAGUAGAGAGAAAUUCACCAUUCAAGAAUAAACGAAAAUAUUAAGUGCGGUAACUAAAAAGGAUAAAUCUAGAAUAGCAAAAGAGAAACAGUUUAAAGAAUUCAAGCUAUCAAAAACACAAACAUUGUCCUAUCUCCCAUUAGAUCAAAGCCAUUACUCAUUGUUCACGGAGACCAACGAGAGAAGAAGCAUCAACUACAGGAAGAAGCUGAACCAUUUCCAAAUGUUAGACUUUUCCAGGUUAACAUUUAACUCAGUCUGAUAAAGUGACAUAAUUCUUAGCCAUCUUUUAUAGGGAGAAUCAAUUUUAUCACAAAAAGUAUCUAUAAAUGUCUUCGUGAUCUUUUAGGCAAAACUUCCAAUCGCCUAUGGAACACAUCACAGGUAAAGACAAGAAUUUAGUUUUGGAAAAUUUAUACACAAUCUACUUAGUUAUAUUUUUUUAAACACGACUUUUUCCAUUUAGUAAAAUGAUGUUGCUGUUGUAUGCUGAAGGUUUACGUGUUGUGAUUACCACCGCCAAUCUUAUCCACGCAGAUUGGGACAAGAAAACACAGGGGUAAAUUUCUGUGCUAAACUAACAAAGGCUAUCUAAAUCCAAGCCCUUUUUGUCAUUUCAGAUGAAUUGGGCCCUGUUUGGCAUUAAUCAGAAGGUUCAAUCUCGUUGAGAAAGCCGCAUCUGCCUGCUUUCUCAUACUCUCUCACAUUCUCGACAUCUCAUCGUAUAAAAGUCAGCCUCUUCCCUUGGGCCUGCACGCGGGCUAAAGUCAGCACAGAAUGGUCUUAAUGUGCACUUAACUGUGGGGUUGGUCCAGUAGACCACCGUUCUCAAAAAAUGCCCUGCGGUUUGACCACCAUGCGUCUGCACCGCUACCUAUUCGACGUUUCAAGAGACACCUUUCCGGAUGUUUCAAGCUUUUGGAAAUUUCACAUUUUAGGGUGUGGAUAAGUCCGCUGUUUCCAAAAUAUUCGCAAGAAAACCAAGACGAAGCGGGGCCAGAAGGAUCACAGUUUCAGAAAGACCUAAUGGUAUUUGAUCAAAUGAAUUGAAGCUUAUUUUUUUGUUUAUUUUGCCCAUAUAUCAUGAGACAUAAUAUUAAAAAAACAUAAAACUUAAAAAACUGUAUUUAAUUAAAUUGUUUAUAAAAGUUGAAUGAAAAUAAAACUUCCUUAAUAAAAGGCUUUCGUAGCUGAUACGUUUUUGUGGUGCAUUACACUGAUAACACAAACACUUCAGUAUAGUCGUUUAGAUUGAUUCUUUAUAACGUAUAGCACAUUGAUUGUAACAGGAUUAUUUGCAUCAGUAUGGUCCUGGGCCUUUAAAUGAGUGGCGACAACAUGUAGCUGAACAUGAUAUGUCAAACGCAAAGUAAGUCUUCAUAUUUACUGGAAAACUUUAUUAGUUCUCAACUGCUACCGCUAGAGAUCAUGUAAGGGUCAUUUCUUCCUGAUUAGUCCAGUGUUAGAAUAAGGAAACUUAAACUAAACUAACUUUAUUUAUACAGGAUAACUUUAUAAGAGCCAUGGCCCAUUAUUAUGGUUAUUACAGCAGGACAACUAGAGGUAUCUUGAUUUAUAUCUCAUUUUUACCCAGGGUUCGUCUUCUAGCGUCAGUGCCAGGGAGACACAUUGGAAUAAAUAAGGACAAAUGGGGUCACAUGAAGCUUAGAAAGGUUUGGUGCAUUGUCUGUUGUGUACUAGUUGCAUUGAAUUGUUUUCUAUUAACUAAGGGUCUGUUCUGCCUGUUCGUAUGGAGACGAGCUGGCCUGGUCAACCGGAUGAUUCGUUUAAUGAAGCUCUUACCAUGGCUUUGAUAAACAUUCAAAAUGACAUUUCUAAGUUGAAUUAGCUUAGUUUAAUUGAUUCCAGUAACAGUGUAAAGUUCAUCCAAACGAUCUUUUAUGGUCAAGAAGAAUGUUUCGUGACACGGCUCAUGAGGUUACAUGCAUUGCUUAAAGAUGCUGUAAAGUCCGUAAUGUGAACAAACGCUUUGACUUUGUUUACAUUUUGAACUGCUAUAUUUGUAAAAACUCCCAACGUGAAGUAUUCUGGAUCUAUCUUGUCUUGUAUGUGCAGUGUAUGCUCAAUUUAGCAGGCUUAAUAGAAUACAUUUUCCAAAAUGCUUAGUUGUUACAGCAGUAUGGUGAAUUUGAUGACAUAGAUUCCUGGCCUGUGAUUGGUCAAUUCUCCAGCAUCGGUUCUCUUGGACCAGACAAAUCAAAAUGGCUUUGUUCAGAAUGGUUGAGAAGUCUAGCGUCAACUAACAGUUUAACUUCUUUAGAUCAUGACCCAAGCCUGCAUUUGGUAAGCUCUUUUUUAGUUAGAUUAUGAUCAAACAUAAAUUUGUGCUAAAACAUCAUGCAAAUUGCAUACAAUAAAGGCAGGAAGGAUAAAAAUCCCAGGGUACUUAACCUGUCAACCUCACUGUCCAAUUACCGCCGCUCACACCUGACUCGCAGUCAUCAAAAAGGUUUGUGACCAACACGAUUACUAAUAUUUCCAUGGUGUUUAAAUGUGUUUAUCCUAACCCACCGUGUCAACUUUCCCUGUGGGAGGAAACCGUAGCACCUGGAAAAACUAAAUUUAUUUAUUUAUUACUAUAAAUCAAACUAAAUUUAUUAAAUUUUUAUUUUAUAGUUAUUUUUUUAUAAAUCUCAAAUCUUAUACAUAGUGACAAAUCCAAAGGAAUAAUUUUUUUACUAGAUGUUUCCUACGGUUGAGAAUGUCAGAACAAGCUUGGAAGGAUACGUUGGUAAGUUCAUGCAUGGGUAUUAAUAUCUUAUGUACAAGAAUAGAAUGCUUGAACUUCGUUUUCAAUGUAAUUAAAACAAUAAAAAUGUCAAUAUUAGUGAGCUUAAUGCAAGCGCCGAUUUUGUCAACACGGACGUCACCCGAAAAUUGGUAUAACGAAGGGCCUUCGCUCGAAACGUCAAAAUUCUCCUUAUAUUUUUCAGGUAGUUGCAUCCCUAGCAACGAAAGCUUGUUCACAUAACUAAAUUUGGCUGCAUUUUGCCUCAUAAGCAACUCAAAGCGUGUAAGAAAGCAAAUUAAAAACUGACCGACAAACACAGUUUUUAAGCCAGUCCCUGUGUUGUUGCUUGCCUAAAGCCAGUUUUCUACUUCAACCGUAUCGUAGCAGUUUCUUUUGUGUUGAAGUCAUUAGUUCCACUCUAGUGCUCAAGAAACAAAGAAAUACGCUACGUUUCGUUACGCCGGAUUGAAGUGGAAAACUGGCUUAAUUAUAAAGGCUCCAUAUUAGCCAUGUACAAAAUCCUUUUCCGGCUGAUAAUUUCAGCAAAAAUAAAACAAAAGUUAAUCCGAAUAAGGAGUGCAUAAUAUUAACACACAAUUCGUAAAAACUGUAUAUUUCGAAUCUAAAUCUGAUUCAUCUUCAGCAGUGUUUUGCAAGAUAUGUCAUUAUAAGUUAUAACGACAUAUCUUGCAAAACACUGCUGAAGAUGAAUCAGAUUUAGAUUCGAAAUAUACAGUUUUUACAAAUUGUGUGUUAAUAUUAUGCACUCCUUAUUCGGAAUAACUUUUGUUUUAUUUUAGCCAUGUACACCAAUACAAUUUAUUACUAGAUCUUGCAUUUCUGAAAGCAUGCAAAAAGGGCUCAGUAAUACCACGAUUCAUUCUGUGAGGGUCCUGAAGGGGGGGUCCCAAUCCCAUUUCCCACCUGAAAUUUUGGCAAAAUCCCAGUCCCAGUUGGAUUUUUAUUAGAAAUCCCAGUCCGAGUUAUUGAAAUCCCAGUCAAUAAAAAACCCUUUAUUUUUUCGGUAGAAUAAACAGUUUUAAGACCUUUAAAGCCACCGUGUGUGCAAGUGGCGGACACUUUGAAAAUAUAAUGAAAUAUUGGCGGGGGGCUCGUGCCGAAGGCACGGAAAAUUUUAAAAUUUGAAUCCCGGAAAUGGCAUUUGCAGCAUUCUGAGACAUGCAUAAUCAGAAAACCCAGAAUUCCGGGCGCCAGAGUAUGCCUGUUCGCAGGUAGUGCUGUGAAUAAUAUAGUUAACAACAAAAAUCAUGACCAAAGGCACUGAAAACGGAUCAAAAUUGGGAAUCGACUCGCAUUACUUCAAUCCCAUUCCCAUUUUUGAGGACUUCAUUUCCCAUUCCCAGUGGCCAAAUCCCAGUCCCAGCAACCCAAAUCCCAUUUUCCCAGUCUAAAAAUAGAUCAAUACCAGUUCCCAUUUUACCCCUUCAGGACCCUCUUCUGUGGUUCAAGGUUGCGAAUCGCCGUUUGCGGAACUCCCGCAGCGCCUACAGACAAUGUCGGAACAAAUUGUUGCAAGAUGAAACGUUACUAAAUCUUUAUUAAAAAUAUUUUAAAUUUAAUGGUUUUUGGCUCUUUUAAAAGCACUUUGCUGGGCUUUAAUAUUUAUUAUUAGAAUUUAUUAUUGCAAUAAUUAAUUACUCAAUUUAUUAAUUGCAUAUCAUUAUCAGCGUUGAUAAAUUAGAAACUACAGGACGGUGGAAUGAAACCACUGAAUGAAACAUUACAUCGUUAAGACGUUAUAUUUGGUUUUUUACAGCAGUAGCCACGUCAUCCCCACUUUGAAGCAUGCUGAAAAUAUUUUGUGUGUUUUGACAACUUGGGAUAGGAACAAGAAAUUUCUCUUUGUACUUCUCUUUACAAUGUAUGCAGCUUUUUGUUUUACUUAUCUCUCGAACUCCAACAUUGUGAGAGCAUCGAUAGUCAGCUGUAGUGUUCGAGGCACCGUGAUAGGUUUGCUUUGGCAUGGCAGCAUAGGCGCUCGAAUAACCGAUCGGCGUGGAAUGACGACCCUUAUGCUUAGCACCAACGUGUGCUAAACUCAUAAUAACGUUUUUCGCCGCAGGUGGCUGUAAAUCAUUUAUUUUCCUUGUUGCUUCGUCUAAUGACUUUUGUGUAGAGCUUAAGGCAUCAUCAGCGCUCUUUUUUUGCGUUACAAAAUCAUCUAUAAGAGAGAUUAUAGCAUUUUGCAUCUUAACCACAGCGGAUUCCAGGAAGCGACACUUGGUUAAAAGCAUCGUGUUGGACUUCUCCUUGCUUUCAAUUUCAGGCACUAUUUUCUCCAAUUUGGUUGUUGGAGCACUCCAGUUAAUAACAUCAUAUAUUCUAGACAGUGCUGUAUGGUGGUACUUCACAGCAUAAGGCAGAAUAUGCAAGGCAUUUUGUGGCGUGAUUUCGACUUCAUCAAUACACUGUUUAAUGAGGUUCACACACUGAUACUCCUCGGCAAGUGCUAAUAUUGACAGCCGACAUUCUUCAUCUAAAGGGAACUUAGUUUCUCCAAACAUGGAUGACGGGUACAGUACUUUUAAAAAUCGUACCAUCGACUGGAAAUCCUUUUCUUUGAGAGUAAUUCUUGCUUGACUAGCUUCCUGAAAAUGGCCGUCAAACAUCGCUUUGAACACGGGCGACUGUGAUUUCAAAAUCCACUUGUGGACAUGGAGUUCUUGAUCUUCAACAACUAACACCAUAUCGCUAUCGUUCCACGGUGAGGCGAACACAUUUUUGUCGUUUGUUGUUGCCAUUUCUUGCUAGUACUCUUCGAAUCGCAGAACGCAAAAUAAAGAAACAUCGAGUCGCUUCCGAAUACUUCUGCUUCCUCCUGUUUGACCCUUUGUCACCUCUGUCUGGUACAUGCAGGGAGGACCACCAGACCUCCUCACCCGCGAGGAAACUUUCUCGAUGUCUAUUUCAGCACAUGCAUGUGCAUAUUCCCUGAUGGAAAUAUCCUGUGUGCAUACUAGCUUCCGCCAACAAGUUGUUUAUGAUCACAUUCCACAUUAUAUGGUUUUAUUAUAAGUAAUAGCAUAAAAAGAGGCGAAUUAGGUAUUAAAACGUCCCGCCCGAUGAGGGUCGUUUAGUAAAAUUCCCUUGGGCGCCGCUCGAUGAGGGUCAUUUAGUAAAAUUCCCGAGGGCUGAAGGCCCGAGGUAAACUAAGGGGCCGAUUACAUGGAGCAUUUUCAACCCCGGGGCUGUUUACCGGGUUGAAAUUUCAGCCCUGUCUGUAAUACAAAACUCUAUCAAAAUCAAACGCGCGAUUACAUGACAAAAUUUUCAACCCAGGGCUGAGUUCAACCCCGGGGUUGAAAUUUCAACCCUGCUUCAAAGCAGGGUUGAAAUUUCAACCCCGGGGUUGAACUCAGCCCUGGGUUGAAAAUUUUGUCAUGUAAUCGUUUCAACCUAGGGCUGAAAUUAUCAUGAGUUAUUCGAGCAUACGUGGUAGUGACUAUUUAUUACAAGAAAACAAAAUAAAGGCUUUUUUACUUCCGAGUAUCGAUGCCGAGAACGUAUAGUAUAGCGUUUCAACCCCGGGGUUGAAAUCGUCCAUGUAAUCGCAAAAAAUUUCAACCCGGUUAACAGGGCUGAGUUCAACCCCGGGGUUGAAAGUUGUCCAUGUAAUCGGUCCCUAAGUGACCCGAAUCGAGUACCCUGGUUCCAGAGGUUUAUUUUUAUUAUUUUCAUUGCGAAGGGGAGAAGAAAAAUAAACCUCCGGUUGAAAGCGGCAAUUGAUUCAUCGAGCCGCGCCAAUCAGUUUGAAUUAGGGUCAGAUCCUGACUCUGUCUUCUGAUUGGAUGAUUGUAUUAAAGCUCUGUGAUUGAUUCAAAUAAAACAUCUAUAACCAAUCAGAGAGCUUUAAUACAAAUUUAAAUUUUACCUUAAUUUAAUUAAUUAAGGCCAUAUUUUAGAGUAAAAUGGUUAAGAGACAUACCAAAUCAUACCAGAUCUACAUUCUUAAUUACUGUACGCAAAGUUUAAGACCAGCCUUCCUCCCCAUAUUAAUAUGUAAUUUAAUAUCAUACCGCACAUGUGUAACAUUUAUAAACACAUUUACAAUCAAUGCCGCAUAAAAUCAAUGGGCAGAACGAUAUAUGGGCAUAACGCAAACACACAUUUAUAUACUGAAAGAAACCUUCGGAUUAACAGAGAUUCAACCACUCAAAUAUACAAGCCAAAUUUCGAGGUUUUGCUUGUAUUUUUGUCAAGGUACUUCACGAUCACCUUUCUGUUUUCUUCAUGAAUUAUUAUUAUAAUAUAACAUUUGUAAAUUCUGAACGCUGAUUGGCUAAGAGCCGUGUUGAUAUAACUCCAUGUCAACACGGGAAAUUUUCCGCCGCUUGUAACACGGAAAUUUUUCUUAUUCUUCGGGCUUUUGACAUUGCUAUAUUAUAAAACAAAUAUAAAACAUUUUUUCCGUAUUGAUAUAUAGUUAUAUCAACACUCGUGGAAGUUGGGAAAACUCGAAAUUGUGUGAAAACACUCCGCCCUUCGGGCGUCGUUGUGUUUCCACACAAUUUCUCGUUUUCCCAAUUUCCACUCGUGUUGAUAUAACUGUAUAUCAACACGGACAAUGUUUUAUAUUUGUUAAAUGUUUUAUACAGCUGUUUUACAGAUAGUAUACGCAAUAUAAAAUGAGAUGUAGGUACGUUUAUCAACAAUUUUACACAUCCUCGAUUUAAAAUUACAUAUUAUAACUACUAGUUUCAGACUGUCUAUAUAGAAUGGAAUUGUUAGUUUUGUUGUUUAACAGCAGUGGCAACGUCAUCCCCCCUUUGAAGCAUGUUGUAAAACGUUUGUGUGUUCUUAGAACUGGGGAUAGGAGCAAUAAAUUUCUCUUUGUAAUUCUCUUUACAAUGAACGCAGCUUUUUGUUUUACUUAUUUCUUGAAUAUUGAUACUGUGAGGGCAUCGAGAGUCCACCUUAUUUGUCUGGCCAUGGUCAACGUCAACGCUGCCGAAACUAAACCCCGAGGACGGCGAGGCGCAUGCUAUAUAACCAGAAUUAUUUCUUGUCUGUGUUGGCAUUCUUUUUUGCUUCAGUAAAUCACAUAUCACAGAAAUCAUCGCAUCUUGCAUUUCAACUAUGCCGGAUUCCAGGAAGCGACAUUUGGUUAAAAGCAUCGUAUGAGAUCGGGAAAUUUCCUUGACCUUGCUUUCCAGUUUCGGCAAUACUUCCUCUAGUUUGGAUGUUGGGGCGCUCCAGUUAAUAACAUCAUACAUUUUAGGCAGUGCUGUCGGGUGGUAAUUUACGGCAUAAGGCAGAAUUUGCAAGACGUUUUCUGGGGUGAUUUUGGCUUCAUCAAUACACUGUUCAAUAAGGUUCACGCACUGAUACUCCUCUGCAAGCGCUAAUAUUGACAGCCGACGUUCGUCAUCUAAAGGUGACUUAGUUCCUCCAAACAUAGACGACGGGUAGAGUAAUUUCAAGAACUGUACCAUGGACUUGUAUUCUUUUUCUUUGAGAGUGAUUUUGUCUUGACUAGCUUCCUGAAAAUGGCCAUCAAGCAUCGCUUUGAAUACGGGUGACUGUGAUUUCAAAAUCCAUUUGUGGACAUGGAGUUCUUGAUCUUCAACAACUAACACCAUAUCGCUAUCAUUCCACGGUGAGGCGAACAGGUUUUUAUCGUUUUUUGUUGCCAUGUCUUGCUAGUAAUUUGUUCUGUGCUCUUCGAAUCGCAGAACGAAACUAGAGAUCGUCGAGUUACUUCCGAAUGUUUUGGUAAUUCUGUUUCCUUCUGUUUGACCCUCUGUGAACUCUGACAUACGCAACUAUAGUACGGCGGGGGGGGGGAGGGGGAUAAACUCUCCCUCCCCCACGAGAAAACGAUUUUUGUGAUGUUAUUAUUACUUGUUCUUUGGGGAUUUCGAUGCCUAUUUCAGCAAUUCAGCACAUGUGUCUUACUGUCCCCCUGAUGGAAUGAUCCUGUGUACGGCCCUGUGCAUACUUCCGCCAACGAGUUGUUUAAUCACAUUCCAUUCUACAUUAUAUGGUUUUCUAUUCUCAAACUGAUCUUACAGCAUCUUGGGCUAGAAAUUGCGGCAACCACUGAGCUCCAAUAUUUUAAUUAAAUACUUAACAAUUAUAUUCGCCGAAGGCUCGGUGAUUAUCGGUGAAUAAAAACCGAGACGAAGUCGAGGUUUUUAUUCACGAUAAUCACCGAGCCUGAGGCAUUGAACUAUAAAUAAACUGGAAGGCUAACUGCUAUGAUGAAGGCCUAUGAUUUGCUGAAGCCAAAAUAGUUUUUCUGAGUUAUGAGCAGAAAUACUUGUCCCCAAACGUCGGGCUAUAUAUCAAAUUGAAGCUAUUGAAAAUUGCUAUUCGGUGUGGAAAUUUCAAGACUUCAGCGAAAAGCAAAAUAUUUAAAAAAUACAAAAACAACUGCAAAACGGCAAAUUAUCGGUAAUUAUGUUUGUAGUUUUUCAAUAUUUCCCUUUUAGCUAAAGUCUUGAAAUUUCUACACCAAAUAGCGUUUUUCAAUAGCUUCAAUUUGAUAUAUAGCCCAACGUUCAGUGUUGAGUAUUUCUGCUCAUGACUCAGAAAAACUAAAAUGCACUGGCUCCCCCCCCCCCCCCUGAGUUAGCCUUCCAGUUUAUUUAUAGUUCAAUGGCCUGAGGUGAAUAAUUGUUUUAGUAUAAUUUCAUAGGUGAUUUAAUAUUUGGAAAAAAAUAAAAAAUACACAUUUCUUCGUCAUUUAAUGGAUGAUUCCAGCUAUAGACUAAAUGAAGAACAAAAGAAGAACUACAAAAUCCAUCACCACAGCUAGAAAGAGCAUGUUAAAAUUAGUAGAAUUACAAAGUUUGGCCGCGAAAUGUUGUAAAAUGCGGAAAAUAUAGCCCUGCGAAAUUUGCAAAUUUUGUAUUAAUUUGUAUUACAUGCGGGAAAAUGCACCACAUUUGGGCCGAAAGUUGUGCAUUUUCCCGUGCGUAAUACAAAUUAAUACAAAAUUUGCAAAUUUCGUACGGCUAUAUUUUCCGCAUUUUACAACAUUUCACAACCAAACUUUGCAAUUUUACUAAUUUUAACAUGCUCUUUCUAGCUGUGGUGAUGGAUUUUGUUCUUCUUGCCUAGAUCAGGGGGGGGGGAGUGGAUAAAAAUCUGGGGGGUGCUGCUGCUUGCUUUGGCCGGGGUCUGGUGACAAUGCCCAGAGGCGCCAAGGAAAAUGUUUAACAAAAGUUGUCUUUUCUAUGUUUUCUAGGCCUGCCUGGCGGCAUUUGAGACCAUAAUAUUAGUAAGGGGCGGGCAGAAUAUCGGGCAAGCACUUUAACUUUAUAAAAAUACCGCACCGAACAAACGGACAGAAAAAUAUCGGGCAAUGCAUUUUUUAUAUCGGUGCCCACGAGAUAAUCGUGCAAGAACCUUGAACGCCAAAAAAGAUCGAGAAGUAUUAGAAGAUCAAAAAAAUUAUCACUGGUCUCAAAGAAAAUCUAACCCUCUACCUCCAUAAAAAAUCAAAUGGUCCGCCCCUAACCCUGCUGAGUAAAAAGAUCAUGGUGUUGCUUCCGAGUAUGUGUCAGGAACGUACACGGAACUGACAGAGCGCAUUCAGACUGCAUACCUCGGUCUCAGGUAGUUGGUGGGGAGAUAACUUUCGUAUUCUUCAAUAAUCUUACAAACAUGAAUGAUAUUUGGUAAUGAAAAUGAACUUAAACUCUUAUAAAUCAUCAGGAUUUUGUAUCAGAAAAGCUUCUACAUGAAUUAUUACUUGUUUUACAGAUUGUAUAUGCAAGAAAUUUGAAUAAGUUCAUCAACAAUUUACUUAUCCUCAAUUAGCCUUUCUCACGCCGCCAUUUUUGGGCUACUUAGUUGCCAAUCCUGCGAGCGUAACACCACGUAUUAACGGCGACAUUUUAUAAUUUUGUAGGUGUAUGAUGGUAAAUUUACUCUGUAAAUAGUUAGUUUGUUCUAAAAUAUUGCUUUCUACAUUGUUAUAAUCGUUUACGAAAAAUUACAGUACCCCGAAAAUGGCGGGCGUGAGAAAGGCUGAUUGAUUAACUACAUACAAGUGAUGAAAACUUAUUAAAACUACUGGUUUCAGACUGUCUAUAUACCUAUAGAACACCAAUUCUACAGAAUUGUAUUUAGUUUUGUUCUGUGACAGCAAUUUACACACAGUCAUGAUUUCCUUUCUGUUUUCUUUAUGUAUUAAUGCAUUACAUGUGCUUUACAGAUAGUAUACGCAAUAAGUAUGAAUAAAGAUAAGUUCAUCGACAAUUUAUUUAUCCUCAAUUUAUUAAUUAUAUUAGAAAUGAAAAAUUAAAACUUCUGACUGGUUUUACCGGUUUUAGACAGAACAUGUGGCUACAUUCAAUCGGCUACAUCAGCCGCUGUUCGAAGCAUGAGGAAGUAAUCUCGUAUCCUCGUACAACUGGGGAUAGGCUUAAGAAACUUCUCUUUGUACUGUUCUUGACAAUGUGGGCAGCUUUUGGUUGUAUUUAUCCCGGAAACGUUAACACUGUGAGAGCAUCGAGAGUCUUUUACACUUAUCUCCGAAGGAGUACUGGGACGGGCGAAAAAACUAUCCUUACGACCCUUGCGAAAGGAGCCAUAGAAGCUACUAUCAUUUGUCGACUCAUCUCUGGACUUUCUGAACUCUUCUAACUUUCCUGCACGCUCUAAGAACUUUUCAGCGUCGACAACGUAACUUCUUUCGUGUAAAAAAUCACUUAUAAGAGGGAGUAUAGCAUUGCGCAACUCAAUUACGUUGCAUUCCAGGAAGCGACACUUGGUUAAAAGCAUUGUGUUGGACUUCUCCUUGCUUUCAAUUUCAGGCAAUAAUCUCAUCAAUUUGGCUGUUGGAACACCCCAAUUUAUCACAUCAUACAUUUUUGUCAGUGCUGUCUGGUCGUGCUUUACGGCAUAAGGCAAAAUUUGCAACACAUUUUCUGGCGUCAUUUUGACUUCAUUAAUACACUGUUUAAUAAGGUUCACGCACUGAUACUCAUCAGCAAGCGCUAUUAUUGACAACCGACUUUCAUCAUCUAAAGGUGUUUUAGCUGUUUCAAACAUAGAUGAGGGAUAGAGCGCUUUCAAAAACUUUACCAUAGACUUGUAUUCUUUUUCUUUGAGGGUGAUUUUGUCUUGACUAGCUUCUUGAAAAUGGCCUUCAAACAUCGCUUUGAAUACGGGCGACUGUGAUUUUAAAAUCCAUUUGUGGACAUGGAGUUCUUGAUCUUCAACAACUAACACCAUAUCGCUAUCAUUCCAUAGUGAGCCGAACACAUUUUUUUCGUUUUUUGUUGUUGCCAUGUCUUGCUCUUACUUUGUUUUGUGUGCUCUAUAAUAUAUAUAAAAAGCUUGGGUGUUCCAAAAGAACGUAGAGUUGCUUCCAAGAAUGGUUUGGGUGAUUCUGUUUCCGUCUGGGUAACCUCUGUGAACUCCGUGUCAUACGAAACUAGGUUGCACAAGGUCUUUCCGCAUAGGUUCUUUCCGCAUUAAAAGUUUGGUAAAGGCGCGGGGUUCAAGUUAGGAAACAUUGUUUAUGGCCCACCUCCAGCCGCUCCAAUAAAUGUGACAAAGCAAGAAACAUUGCCUUGGCCAUGGCCCAUGUUCCCGAAGGUAGGAAAAUAUGAAGUACUUCUGAAACCAUAGUAUAUUUCUUGAAUCUCACAAAGCAAUUAACCGAACAUUUUUCGUACUAGAUAUGUCAGAACAAGAAUGGAUGGUUACAUUGGUGACUAAUGUCAUAUCAUGAAUAUUCAUAUUUUAUUCAAGAAUGGUUUUCUGCAGAAUGUGAUUAAUCCACCCGCUGGCGGAAAUAUGGCAUGUCGCAGAGUUCACGGAGGUCAACCAGAAGGAAGUGGAAUUGCCCAAAUCAUUCUCGGAAGCAACUCUACGUGUCUUUUAGUUUUAUUCGCGUCUUCGAAAGAAAACGAAGGAACAACCACGCCUAUAAAGCAACACAGAAUAAAAUGCUAUCAAAUGGCAACACGGUGUUCGCUUCACCAUGGAAUAGUAGCGACAUGGUGUUAGUUGUUGAAGAUCAUGAACUCCAUGUCCACAAAUGGAUUCUCAUUACGCACUCGCCCGUAUUUAAAGCGAUGCUGGAAGGCCAUUUUCAGGAAGCUAGUCAAGACAAAAUCACUCUCAAAGAAAAAGAUUUUCAGUCGAUGGUACAGUUUUUGAAAAUACUCUACCCGUCAUCCAUGUUUGGGGAAGCUAGGGCACCUUUAGAUGAUAAAAGUCGGUUGUCAAGCACCGGGACAAGUGCCUUUUUCAUGAUCAUCUUUUAUUUUUUUAAAAGACAUUUUAGCAUUCGCUGCAAUCUUUUUUUGCCGUAAAAGAUCACAUAUCAGAGAAAUUAUCACAUCAUGCAUCUGAACUAUUCCAGAUUCCAUGAGGAAGCGGCAUUUAGAUAACAGCAUCUUGUUGGAGCUGGAGAUUUCCUUGCUUUCCAAAUUCGGCAUUUCACAUUUCGGGCAGUGCUGCCUGAUGGUACUUUACGGCAUAAGGCAGGAUUUGCAAGAUAUUUUCUCGCGUGAUUUUGGCUUCGUCAAUACACAGUUUAAUAAGAUUUACACACUGGUACUCUUCUGCAAGUGCUAGUACCUUGCCCUUAUGGCGUGCCUGGCGUAUACCAAUGGGAAAACUACAGCGCAUUCUCUGUGCCCUCACAGUAUUAGUAUUCGAGAAAUAAAUAAAACAAGCUGUGUUAAGUGUAAAAAGAAAUACAAAGAUAAAUUUAUUGCUCCUAUCCCCAGUUGUCAGGGAGUACAAUCUGUACAGAAAUUUUUCAACAUGCUUCUAAUGGGGGAUGCGAUAAACUAUGCUGUUAAAGAACAAAAGUAGUGACGAUGUUAAUAAUUAUUUAUUUAGAAUAAUGAACGUAGAUUAAAUAGAGAAUAAUACAUGGUGCGCGGAAAUGCCAAAUUUAUAAAUCUGGUAUUUCCAAGCAUCCAUGCAUUUUUCUGUUUAUUAUAUAAAGGACAAUCCUUGAAAAGUGAUAAUUUUUACAAAAAAGCGAUAAUUGAAAAAGAUAAUUUUCACAUGUGAGAUUAUCAUGAAUAAUCUCACAUGUGAGAUCAUCACUUUUAUCAGUGCUUGAAAUCUCUUUCAAAAACUCAUUAAUAAUUGAGUAAGAAAUUAGUCACGUGCAUACGUCUUUAUACCAGCUAAAGAACACUUUAACAAAAGACCAUUGUUGUGCAAACUAUAUAAAGAUUUUUAUAUAAAGAUUUUUAUAUAAAGAUUUUUAUAUAAAGAUUUGACUUAAUAUGCAAAUGUUUUUGAAGUCAUUUAAAAAACUCGCAGGUCGUGUUUUAUUAAAGACACUCGCGCUGCGCGCUCGUGUCUUUAAACCUAAUAAAACACUCCUGCUCGUUUAUUAAACAGUACAUAAAGCACUGUACUUUAUAUAAUAAAUUAAAUUAAAUUAAAUUAAAUUUCUGUAGCGCAAAUUAACAUGUGGAUAUGAUCUUCGCUUUACAUCAAGUAUUAUACGCAGUUACCUAAUUACUAGAGGUGUGCAAAUCCGAAUCAGAUCCGAUUGGAUUUCGGAUUGGAUUGAUAAAGUUGUUUCGUAGUCGGAUCGGACUUCGAUAUUCAAAAUAAAAUGAGUUAGUUGUCCACGACAGCGCGGUUGUCGCUGCAUUAUUAAUUCGUUUGAUACUUCAAUUGGACGUCACUUUGUCAGCUUCUUGACCAACUUCGUUCCCAGUGUCUCACCUCCGCUCGCAGCAGCUGUUUGGGGGGCGUGGCGGAAGUGAGACCCAGCUUUUAUAUUUAUUUGGUUAAAUAUUUCCACUUGAAUGAAAAAUUUAUUUUAUUAAAGGAUUCUUCGAAUCGGAAUUCUUUAUCAAAACUCGGAUCGGAUUAGACAAUUUCGGAUUGGAUCGGAUUUUAAACAUUAGCCAAUUGUCGGAUUAUAAACGUCCGAUCCGAUGCACACCUCUACUAAUUACAUACUUAGCCUAUAAAAAAAAUGAUCCUAUAAUAUUAUAUAAUGUAUGUUGUACCUAUAUUUGUCAAUAAAUAAUAAUAGGCUAUUAUUAUCUUCACAACAAUUGUGAUACUACUUAACUAUGAUUAUCCUAACCCACUCUGCCAACUUUCCCUGUGAGAGGAAACCGGAGAAAACCCACGACUUUCGGUAGAGCAUUGACAAACUCUUUUCACAUGAGUCCAUAGCGAGAAUCGAACCCACGAUCUCACAGGUUGAAGUUACGCUUUAUGCAUUUCAUUCUGUUAACUAGAUGGCUUUUUUGUUCUUUAUAUAGCUGGAGGAUCCCUGCCUUACAGUUGGAAAACUGCAGCUAAACAACCAUAUCUAAAGGAUUUCUUUUGGUAAGCAACGAUUCUGCUAAUUAAUUUUGUGUCCACUAUCCAGUAAUGUCAAUAUAACACUAUAUAAUACUCAGGGAGAAACGAAAAAAUUAGCCCGUACAACAUGAUAACAAUAACCUGUGUAGGAUCCAUUGUUAAAAUUGUCUCGAUGAAAACUUUGCAUUUAUAUUUGAUAGCCGUUGGAAGAGUGAGUGUUUGGGACGUAGUCGUGCCUCACCACAUCUCAAAUCUUAUACGAGAAUAUCACCAGAUCUAACCAAGGCAGCCUGGUUCAUUAUGACAAGGUAUAGUGUCGACAUUAGUGUAUAGAUCCAUCUUGUAUUUUGUGUGCUGUAUGUAAAUCAGCCUUUACUGAUAACAGAGAUGUAUCAACGGUAUAUUGCAUUGCAUGUGAAAUAGUCUGGAUCUAUCUUGUCUUUGGUGUGCUGUAUGUAAAUCAGUCUUCACUGAUAACAGAGACAAAAAUUAUACUUCGAUCACUUUAAUUUGCCAUGGGCAUGGUACCAACCAUUACGAUCAUAAUACGCAUGGAAGCCAGGUUUAUUAAUCGACCAUACGGAAACUCUCACAGUUUUCUGGAGGAAACACUAGACACUAGACACUAGAAAAAGCGGGAUGGACGGUCUAUUAUAAUAUAUUAAAAUUUUGAUCAUUACCAGUGCUAAUCUAUCAAAAGCUGCUUGGGGUGCUUUGGAAAAGAACGGGAGUCAACUUAUGAUCAGAUCGUAUGAGAUUGGAGUUUUAUUUUUACCACAAGAUUUUGUAAGUAUUUGACUUUAUUAACAUAACCAUGCACAUUUUUUAUUAGCUUGCAUUUACUGUAUUUGUUUUCUUGCAAUCAUUUUAAACUAGGACACAUCAGAAAAGUUCUUCAAUUUACCUGAAAAUCAAGCAGAAUCUAAUGGUGUUAUCUUGAGGUUACCAUUUGAUCUACCAGUGGUACCAUACACUAAUGAAGGUAAUUAGUUCUGCACUGUACCAUUUGUAAUCUUGACUGUUUGGUUGUUAUAGAACUUCAAUUCAACUCCUCAGAGGUUGUAAUAAAGAUUUCUCCCUCAUAGAUCGACCAUGGCUUUGGGACCGUCAAUACAGUCAACCAGAUGUACAUGGACAUCGUUGGAAUCCAUAAUUUAUAUCAUAAUAUAGAGGCAGUUAAAUAGUUGAGAUAAAAUACAAAUUCGGUAACCUAUAGUACAUUAAUAUGUUAAGUAUAAAUGCGGAUAUAUAUCAUGCGUCUGUGAAGACGUUCUGGUGCAUCAUCUUGAAUCAUCCGUCUUGACGGAUCAUCCAUCCUGGUGUAACCACAAGACGAACAAUCUACAUGAGGGCAAAACUGACAAUGGUUAUGGGAACAAAUGGUGUAUCUUACAUUUUCCUAACAGUUUUCCACAUUCCGACGAUACAGAGACAGUUCGAACAUAUUGACGGAUCAUACGUCUGUUUGCUGUGUUUGAACAGACUCAAGUCCGUCUUGAUCGAUCAUCCGCCUUCGCGGUAAACCUGGAGCUAGUUGUACGAAAGCCGUGUGGCACUAUAUAUCCACGGCCGGAUAGUGAUUUUUUCAAGCUUUCAAAAGUUGUCUGUUUAUUGGUAUAAGCCAG